CCUUGUACUACACUUUGUGUUACACUCUGUACUACCAAAAUCAAAAUGCCCAAGUCUCAAGUCUUCGAUGUGUAUCCUAAGGGAUGGGAAAAAGACCCAGCCAACGAAUACAUUAAAUUAGCCCCCCUCGAUUACUGUGUGGGCCAAGUUUACACCAACUGGGCUCUGUUCUUUAAACUUUCCGAUUCCGAUGACCGCAAUGCCAUCAUUGAGAACCUCAAGCGCGGCCUUGAAGUUACUUUGAGCCAAUGCCGUCAGCUAUGCGGUUAUGUCGAGGCGCAUCCCGAAGGAGGCUUUUGCUUCCACAAGAAGAAGGAAAGCACCGUUGAAUUUCAUGUACAAUGGUUAGACGGCCCUGAAGAUGAGGGCAAAUAUCCUACUUUCGCCGACCUCGAGGAACGCCACUUUACCACACAAUCUCUUGGCAACUUAGAUACUUGGUGCGUUGCUCCAAUGACCUAUGGCGAAAAGCCGGAGUCGCAACCGACAAGCAACCCAAAGGCCUCUGCAUUCAAAGCAAGCAUCAUCCGCGGCGGUAUUGUUUUCAUGAUGCACCACCACCACUACUGCAAUGAUAUCAACGGCUGGGCUGGCGAACUAUACCAGUUGGCAGAGAAUUGCGCCGCCAUCUGGAAAUCGCCAGAGAACCCCGCUUACCCACCAUGGGACCCAGCCUGCUUAGAUUACUCCAGUGUCAGCAAGCCUGAACCUGCACAACUUGUCGAUGGACCAGUCUCGCCUCCAAGGCACCCCGAUCACGUACAGGGCCAGUGGCUUCUAUUCCAUCUGCCUAAGAGCAAGGCGGCGGAGUUGAAGAAACUAGCGAGCCCCGAAGAUGGAAGCUAUUGGAUUUCCAGCUACGAUGCGUACACAACCUACAUAUGGCGACUACUCACUAAGCACAGAGCUGCUUUCUACAAUGCGGACCUAGAGAAGAACAUUCUUUGGGGAGAAGCCGUCAAUAUGCGAACGCGCAUUCACAAGAAGCCCAUAGCAGAGCGCAUUCAAGGAAACGUCGUGUACGUGCCAUUGAGCAUGACCAGCGCCGUCCCACAAUUUACCACAGCGGAAGUUAUCUCGGAAGCCCCCCUGUCCAAGUUAGCGUGGUACAACCGUCAACUUACGAACAGCUCAACGGAAGAGAACCUAGAUGCGAUGCUUAAUAUGAUUGCUGCCGUUCGAGACAAGACUACACUAUUCUUGCGCAUGGACAGCUUCCCGCCUCUAAGCAAUAUCACGACCGAUUGGCGUGAUUCUAAGCCAUUCGAUGCGGACUUUGGUUUCGCGAAGCCUUACGGAUUCCGUCACCCCUUUGAUAAAGUGGACAAUGGUUACGUUAUCGUGUAUCCCGCGCGGACCAACGGCGGCCCGAACGGUGAAGAUGAAGGCAAUGAGAUUUUGAUUGGAUUUGAGAAAGCCAUUGUCAACAACUUGUUGGAGGAUCCCGAAUGGAACAGAUACUUUGAAUUCCGUGGCGUGGAUGGUGACGAUAAAUCGUUCAAAUGAUUUCAGCGGCUUGUCUAGGAGGGUGUUACCCCUCAGUAAUGUAUCAACCCCUACCAUAGCAUUGGCUGGAAGCAAAUUAGCAUUUUCGAAAUAGGCGCAGGUGGUUACAGUCCAAAGCAACAGUCCAUAUUAGCAAUACAUUGUUUCUCAUGCUCAC